UCCCGGCACAAGGCCAUAUGAUUGUAUGUUACAACGAGUAUGGUUAUUACGAGAUAUCGGCUAUAACGAGUAAAAUAAAACGAACUUGACUAACGACCUUCCGGUUACUACGAACAGGUACCUGCAAGAUAACAACUUUUGGCUAUUAUUUAGGUCGAUUAAUCAUUGACAUAUAUUAUCUUUAGUUGUGUAGAUAUGGAUUACUUAUUAAUAAUAAACAUUAUUCCUACAAAUUCUGGUGUUUUCAAGUUAAUAAAAAUUACAAAUAGCGUCAGUUGUGUGAAGACUUUCCAUCAUGUCGCGUCGUCAGUUUACGUUGGACGAAAAAAUCGGAAUAAUUGGGCGGUUAGAAAAUGGCGAGAAAAACAGCGUGAUCGCAAAAGAAUUUGGCACCUCUUUGUCGACAAUUUCAACCAUAUGGAAGAAUCGGGAUCCGUUGAAAAAUAUGUUUCAAACCACGUCACUGAAAGCAAAACGACUGCGUACUGCACAGCAUAAGGACCUUGAAGAAGCUGUACUAGUAUGGUUCAAACAACAACGGUUAUUGAAUGUGCCUAUAAGUGGUCCUAUCUUGCAAGCAAAAACUGACCAACUGGCUGAAAAAAUGAAAAUAGAAAAUUUCAAAUGCUCUGCAUCUUGGAUUCAGCGUUUCCGACAGCGGCACAACAUUGGUUUCAGCAAGAUCUCAGGUGAGUCAUCUGCAAUUAAUACUGAUAUCUGCUCUAAUUAGCUGGCUACCGUUUGG